UAGAAAUGUUCGCGUUUGUCCCUCCUUUAGGUCUCUCUGGGCUUCCGUAGUUCUGCCUGAGACUCGGCGCGCGCUGCAGCGGGUACUGGUGGGAAAUUUGUACCUCCUGUCCCCGUCGGUCCUCUGUCCUCUGUCCUCGGGGGGGGGACGUUUGUUGUUUGUCCUCCUUCAUAAACAAACAUGGCUCUCAACUUCCAGACGUCCACUCUUUCUCUGACUUUGCCGAUUUCGUGCCAGAUAUGCCUCGGAAAGGUCAAGCAGCCGGUCAUUUGUGCCAACCACCACGUGUUCUGUUCAUCCUGCAUGGAGACGUGGUUAAAGAAAGCCAGCCAGUGUCCCAGCUGCAGAGUCCCCAUCACAGCAGAGAGCCCCUGCAGGGAGAUCAUUGGAGGCACAAAUGAGAGUGAUCACAACGACAGUGCUUCGACGAGGAAAUGUCUCAGAAAAACCAGAGGAGAACUGCUUUUGCGGGAGUAUGAGGAGGAAAUUGAAGGGCUCAUCAGAGAAAACGAGGAGCUGAAAACAAAAAAUCAAAGUCUGGAGUCACAACUGAAGACUGCUUUGGAUCCCUGCAGUAUUAUUACAGAGCAGAUGACCGAUGACAAAAGAGUUGACCCAAAUGUCAUAGAAGAAUGGACAAACAAGCUGCGAGCUGCCACCGAUGUUUGUGAUAAAGUAAAGCAGGACAUGGAUAGGCUACGGGAGGCAAAUAAGGCAUUACGUUCUCAAAAUGUCGACCUUGUGCAGGAGAAUAUGAGACUGAAAGCAGAGGUGGCAAGCAGAUCUCCUCAGAAGUUUGGUCGUUAUACGGUGGCAGCACUGGAAGCUAAAAUCCAGCAGUAUGAGCGUGAGGUGGACCACUUGAAGAAGGCUCUGGAGCGUACCGACCUGUACAUCGAAGACCUGGAGUCUCGGGUCGGAAAGUCUGAGAAGAGACGUCCUGAAGGGCAGCAAGCAUGCGGAGAUACCGAGACUGAGUCUGAGGCUCUCGCACAGCAACACAAAAUCAACAUGAUGAUGAGAAGCUUGAGUGACAAUGAGAGGGAGUCAAUCUGCAGCAAUCCAGUGGCAGAAGGUGGAACAUUUUCUAGAAAUCACAGUUUGACGUUCAUGCCGUCUGCGGAUCACAAAGAGUCAAAUAAUAAUCUGACUGGAGACCAGAAAAACGAGGACUCUGACCUUUUGCCCACCACUCCGUCCUCUGCCUUCCGCUCCCUGACUCUGAGAAGCCCUGGCGUCCGUGAAAAGAAAGUUGCAUUCAAACCUGCGUCUUAUCUGAGGAAGCUUGAUUUUGAAGAAUUUCCUAGUUCUGACAAGAGUAGCAGCAUCAUGGAGAACCAAUUCAGCAGCAGUCUCGACAAAUUCCCCAGAGGCUUGCCUACAAAUACUGACAUGGAGCCUGAGAAGUCUGUCUUAUGGGGUGGUUGGCAGAGAUCUAAAUCUAAUGAAGAGUCAUGUCCAGGUCCAAGUGAAGAAAGCUCAGUUAAAGGGGCCACAUCCACUGCUCUUGAGCCGUGUGGUUUCCCGACGUCCAGCGAGGCCUCCAUGGAUGCAGCUUACCUGGACAAAAUCUCCGAGUUGGACUCCAUGAUGUUGGAUGGAGAGAGCUCCAGUAGCCGGGGAUCACAGCUCUCCCUGGCUUCCCCUCCUCCCGCAGACUUGGACAACACUCUCGUCCCAGAACCACAAACCUGCCCCGAUGUCUCGUCAAGCGGCGGUGGCAAACCUGUGGCACAGUGUGACCAGAAGAGCGACUCACCACGCAGCAACAUGGAUGACAAAGAGGCUCCAAAAGGCUCUGCAGAGGAAAGUUUUGCUGCGCUGGUGUCAGGUAGGGAGAGCGAUGCAGGGAACAGAGGACCCUCUCAGACUGACGAAAUGUCUUUUGAUUUGCUGUUUGAUUCACUGGAAGAGAAUAAGGCCGGUCCCUCUGGCUCUCUCAGUCCAGCAAGCCAAGACCACGAUCAUGUAAAACCCUCCGCCAGCUGCACCGCAGGUAAACCUGUGAACACAACAAGAGACAGACACGCAAUGAGCAUCAGCCAGCCAACAAAGAGGAAGUCUCACAGUCCCUUUAACACAAGCAGUCCCACGAAACUCUCAAAACUCAUGUGAAGGGUUGUGUGUUGUCACCGUAGUGUGUUUUGGUCAGGCUCCACACAAUGCUGGAAACAUUAACUCCAUGUUUGCUUAUGAAUAAAUUUGUGAGAGUGAUGCUCUGUUGUAAGUUAUUGUCAUUUUGUCUGCUGUUAUAUUGUACAAGUUAAGACAAAAUAUGACAAGUUUGUCAGAUAGUUUUCUGUGUAGUCUACUUGUAGGUCUCAGUGGCAGUUAAAUGCUUUUAAGGCCAGCCUUUACAGUCUGUAUGUGUUGUAAUCUGACAAACACUUCUGUGCUGUUCUUUGUUGUACUGUAGCGCACCAGUUUAUGUGCCGAGACAUUUUUCAAACAGCCUACUAUGUUUGUCAUUUCCAAGUUAUUCAGUAAACAUGGUCCUCAUCGUAACCUUUUUAUGAUGACAUGCAAUACUGAAGACAGAUGAACACGACUAUCAUGAGAAACUGAUAUUUUGAAAUAAAUAUUGCAAUGUAAGAGUGUGUUGGGAAAUAAAAUAGUAAUGCAAGGAGAAA